AUGGAUAAGAAGAAAGUCACAGUUCCACUAGUUUGCCAUGGCCAUUCAAGACCUGUUGUGGAUUUGUUCUACAGUCCAAUCACGCCUGAUGGUUUCUUCCUCAUCAGCGCGAGUAAAGAUUCGCAUCCAAUGCUGAGAAAUGGAGAAACUGGUGACUGGAUUGGUACAUUCGAAGGGCAUAAAGGUGCAGUGUGGAGCUCUUGCCUGGAUAACAAUGCGUUACGUGCUGCGUCUGCAUCAGCCGACUUUUCAGCGAAACUUUGGGAUGCGUUAACAGGGGAUGUGCUUCAUUCUUUUGAGCACAAGCACAUUGUUCGAGCAUGUGCCUUCUCAGAGGAUACGAAACUGUUGAUCACGGGAGGGUUUGAGAAGAUUCUCCGUGUGUUUGACUUGAAUCGGUUGGAUGCACCUCCUACAGAGGUUGAUAAAUCUCCUGGCUCUAUCAGAACUCUCACAUGGCUUCACAGUGAUCAAACCAUAUUAAGUUCUUGCACUGAUAUUGGCGGUGUAAGGUUGUGGGAUGUGAGGAGUGGGAAAAUUGUGCAGACACUAGAAACAAAGUCUCCUGUGACCAGUGCUGAAGUGAGCCAAGAUGGUCGGUAUAUAACAACUGCUGAUGGGUCCACAGUUAAAUUCUGGGAUGCAAACCAUUUUGGACUAGUGAAGAGUUAUGACAUGCCCUGUAACAUUGAAUCUGCUUCCUUGGAGCCAAAGUCUGGUGAAAAGUUUGUUGCUGGUGGAGAGGAUAUGUGGGUCCGAGUCUUUGAUUUCUACACUGGCGAAGAAAUUGGAUGCAACAAGGGACAUCACGGUCCGGUACACUGUGUGAGGUUUUCACCCACUGGAGAGUCCUACGCCUCUGGAUCUGAAGAUGGAACCAUAAGAAUCUGGCAGACAACACCACCUGCGAAUCUUGAAGAGAACGAAACGACUUCGAGGAGAGUGAAGCAGCAUAGUGUGGAUGAAGUUUCCAAGAAGAUUGAAGGCUUUCACAUCAACAAGGAAGGCAAAACCGGAGAGAAGCCAUCUGAUGCUUAA